AUGGCCGUAACUAAACGCGCAGGCCGUAAGGCUAAGAAUAAGGACGAUGCCCCUUCCGGCUCCUCCGGUGGGAAACAGAAGGUUAAGAAGGCGGUCUUCGAAACUCAAAAGAAGAAGGAAGUAGGGGUUACAGAUCUUACACUCAUAUCAAAGAUAUCGAACGAAGCCAUAAAUGAGAAUUUGAAGAAGAGAUUCGAUAAUCGUGAGAUCUAUACAUAUAUCGGUCAUGUGCUCAUCUCUGUCAAUCCUUUCAGAGACCUCGGAAUCUAUACCGAUGAGGUACUUUCAAGCUAUCGGGGGAAGAAUCGGCUCGAGGUGCCGCCGCAUGUGUUUGCUGUUGCGGAGAGUGCGUAUUACAACAUGAAUGGAUACAAGGAGAGUCAGUGUAUUAUUAUUUCUGGCGAAUCGGGUGCUGGUAAGACGGAAGCGGCAAAGCGGAUUAUGCAGUAUAUCGCUGCAGCGUCUUCGACAUCAUCGACCACUAUUCAGGAGAUCAAAGAUAUGGUCUUAGCUACCAACCCGCUUUUGGAAUCAUUCGGGUGCGCCAAGACUCUACGGAACAAUAAUUCUAGUAGACAUGGGAAAUAUUUGGAGAUUCAAUUCAAUGACCAAGGAGAGCCGGUAGGAGCGAACAUUACGAAUUAUUUAUUAGAAAAGAAUCGAGUUGUUGGACAGAUCAAAGAUGAAAGAAAUUUUCAUAUUUUUUACCAAUACACAAAGGCGGCCCCUCAGACAUACAGAGAAACCUUUGGGAUUCAGACCCCUGAUACCUACUUAUACACCUCUAAAUCAAAGUGCCUCGAUGUACCCGGGAUUGACGAUAUUGCGGAAUUUGCGGAUACCAUGAACGCUAUGCGAGUAAUUGGUCUUUCACAGGAAGAACAAGACAAUAUUUUCCGUAUGCUCUCAGUUAUUUUAUGGUUGGGCAACAUCCAGUUUGUUGAGGACGAGCAAGGCAAUGGAGCAAUUUCGGACUCCAGCGUUACGGAUUUUGUCGCCUAUCUAUUGGAGGCAGAUGGACCGGCCGUACAUAAAGCCCUGACUAUUAGAAUGAUGGAAACUGGGGGAAGGGGCGGAAGAAGAGGAUCGGUUUACGAGGUGCCUCUCAAUGUGACUCAAGCGACAGCUGUGCGAGAUGCCCUCGGAAAGGCUAUCUACAAUAACUUAUUUGAAUGGAUUGUAGACCGUGUCAAUCUCUCGAUGAGGACCCGCGGGCCUGUCGCUCAUACGAUAGGAAUUCUUGAUAUCUACGGAUUCGAAAUUUUUGAGAAUAAUUCGUUCGAGCAGAUUUGCAUCAACUACGUCAAUGAGAAAUUGCAACAAAUUUUUAUCCAACUCACCCUACGGACAGAGCAAGAGGAAUAUGCAAGGGAGCAAAUUACCUGGACCCCCAUCAAGUAUUUUGACAACAAGAUUGUUUGUGAUUUGAUUGAGGAGAAACGACCACCCGGAGUAUUUGCUGCAUUAAAUGACGCCUGUGCAACGGCACAUGCCGAUCCUACGGCUGCAGAUGGAACCUUUGUCCAGAGGCUCAACGCGUUGUCUUCCAACGCACACUUUGAAAACCGCCAAGGACAAUUCCUCAUCAAGCACUAUGCUGGAGAUGUCAUGUACACUGUUGCCGGGAUGACCGAGAAGAACAAAGACCAAUUGUUGAAAGAUCUUUUGGAUCUAGUAGGAGGAAGUAGCAAUGGCUUCCUAAAAACAAUUUUCCCUGAUCAGAUCGACCGAGACUCAAAGAGAAGGCCUCCGACAGCAAGCGACAAGAUUAAAUUAUCCGCAAAUGACCUUGUGACCACGUUGAUGAAAGCUCAACCUAGUUAUAUCCGAACUAUCAAACCCAACCAAAACAAGAGUCCCACGGAAUAUGAUACCCCAGCUGUUUUGCAUCAAGUCAAGUAUCUAGGUCUACAGGAGAACGUCCGUAUUCGACGAGCAGGUUUUGCUUACAGGCAGACAUUCGAGAAAUUCGUUGAACGGUUCUAUCUAUUGUCUCCCAAGACCUCAUAUGCUGGUGACUACACAUGGACAGGCGACGCCAAGUCCGGUACGAUGCAGAUUCUCAAGGAUACCUCCAUUCCAAAAGAGGAGUAUCAAAUGGGAGUGACGAAGGCAUUUAUCAAGACCCCCGAAACGUUGUUUGCUCUUGAAACCAUGAGGGACCGGUACUGGCAUAAUAUGGCCAUCAGGAUUCAACGAGCAUGGAGGAACUAUCUCCGGUACAGAGCCGAGUGCGCAACGAGAAUCCAAAGGGCUUGGAGGAAGAAGAGGGGCGGGGAGGCUUUUUUGAAAGUCAGAGACGAAGGCCAUAGGAUUCUUGCAGGAAGGAAAGAGAGGAGGAGGAUGAGUCUGCUGGGAAGCAGAAGGUUUAUGGGCGAUUACCUAGGUAUUGGAAACAAAGGAGGGCCAGGUGAGAUGAUCAGAAAUUCUGUUGGCAUCAGUGCAAAUGAGCUCGUCUUGUUCAGCUGCAGAGGCGAGCUUCUGGUUUCGAAACUAGGAAGGAGUAGUAAACCAAGCCCGAGGAUGAUUGUUAUGACGAAUAGAGCCAUUUACAUUAUCCUCCAGGCAAUGGUAAAUGGUCAACUGUCUAUUACCGCAGAAAGGACCGUUGUCUUGAGCUCCAUCAAAUUCGUUGGCAUGUCAAACCUAUGUGAUGACUGGUUCUCACUUGGAGUCGGCUCGCCCCAAGAAGCGGAUCCACUCCUAUCUUGCAUCUUCAAGACGGAGUUCGUAACGCACUUACGAACCGCUAUGCCCGGUGGUGUCGAUGUACGGGUUGGGCCUACGAUAGAGUAUUCGAAAAAGCCGGGCAAAUUAGCAGUCGUCAAGACUGUCAAGGAUCCUAGCGUGCAACGAGGGGAUCUGUACAAGAGUAGUACCAUUCACGUAGGGCCUGGGGAACCGCCAAGUAGCAUCUCAAAAGCUACACCAAAGGGUCGACCUGUUGCUGCUAAACCGAUUACAAAGGGUGGGCUACUGAAGCCUGGCGGGCCAAAGACAGGUGCCCACGCAGGCAGAUCUGUCCCACGAGCCCAAAAGCCUGUCGAACCACAGCCCAGUGCUAGUUCGCAACCGGCAGCUCAUCCAGUACCUCACCCAGUUGCAGCGAUCAUCAGUAACAGCAACAAAGAAAGCCAUACUCGACAGCGGUCUACCCACUCUAUCCGCGCACCGCCGCCGCCGCCGCCGCCUCCGGUUUCAGAAGAACCGACAUGCAAGGCAAUGUAUGACUUUCAAGGGCAGUCCGCUCGGGAGCUGUCCCUUGCUAAAAAUGAUGUCGUUAUUAUCAUUUCGAAGGGAGAGGAAGGAUGGUGGCUUGUUAAGAGAAUGACUGGUGCAGAGCAAGGUUGGGCACCAGCUGCAUACCUUGAAGAGUUACCAAGAGCUCCCCCACCAGCUGUCAGUAGAGCAGUUCCACCACCGCCACCAAUAAAUGGAAGAAAUAGCCCUGUCCCACCCAGCAAAGCUAAAAAGCCGGCGCCUCCCGCACCGCCGGCAAAGCGACCAAACGUUUCCAGGAAGCCACCUGUAACAGAAGGAGCGGAUAGAUCGAGUUUGACAGGUAGUACGGCUAGUGGGAGCAGUGGGGCUGGGAGCUCUACCACAAGUUUCGCGGGAGGAUUAGCCCAAGCUUUGAUGGAUAGACAGCAAGCAAUGCGAGGGAAGAAGGACGACGAUGAUGAUUGGUAG